AUGGUUGCCUCCGUGUCGCCCGCCCAGAGCGGCCGUGGGCAUGGCGGCACCUUCACUGCGCCAUCGUCACCGACCUCACGUGUCUUCGAGUCCAAGGACCCUAUUACCAUGGUGCGCCAAGCGCUGGACGCCGAAGAACAGCGGAUUCGUGUCAGUGAUCAUCUCACACGCGAGACCUUCGAUGUAACUCUCUCUCGCAGCGCACCGUACGCGUCGCCCCUCAUUUCGCCCUACCGUCCAGACGAGUCCAAAUCCAUGCAGUCACAGGGCCAUGACUGGCAUGCAGGCACCAUCACACCCCCGCCCUCACGACGUCGGCGGCCACGGUGGAUGCGGUACAACGACGAAGACGUGGAAACACCCCCCGACGUGCCUUCGCGCGGCGGGAUCGGGGCCUUUGUGUGGUACCCAGAUGCGCGAUCACCGAUUCCCAGCCGCCACGGCUCCCCGGUCGCGGCCACCGCCCCGCACGAGUCCGCGCCGAUCUCGUCGUCGCCCGUGACGUCCAUGUCCUCGCCCGCGCUCACGCCAUCGUCGCCCCCCUCGACAGCGCUACGUACGCCAGGGACGACGCAUGUGGCCAGCGUGCCGCCGACAUCGCCCCCCGCCUCGCCACCGUCGAUGCCCUCGUCCCCUCCCCCGCCCAUCUCGUCUGCGUACGGGUCCUUAGCGCCGACACGCGCCUCGAGUAUUGCCUCGCGCUCCAGUCGCGCGGAGGCAGGCACGGAUGCAUCGUUUCUUACGUCGUCCUCGGCCAUGUACUACGAUGCGCCAUCGACGCUGAGCCAUGACCGCACGGAACCGCCGCUGAUGGAUGUGCAUGCCAUGCUAGGCACCGACGCUAUGCCGUCGACUUCCUCGGCCCCGGCGGAGCAGGUCGUGCCGGCGAUCAAAGAAUCCCCGCGGCCGCCCGCCUCCGUCCAGGGCGUUCGCACCGACCGUGAGCAGGAAGCGAUCGCAGCACGCCAGGCGCUGGCGCAGCGCCGUAGCUCCCACAGCAUGUCGGCCAUCAGCACGGCGAUGGUGCCGCAGCGCAUGAAUACCUCGUCGACCAUCUCGGCGACGGAGCGGACGUUUGACCAGGAAAUGGCCGAGAACGCGGAUGCCCUGCGUCGGUCCUGGCGCGCCAAGAACCAAGGCAGCACGGCCAACGACCAAACAGGCCAUGUCGUGCCGGCCGGCCUCAAAGGCAACUUGAUCGGCGAAGACCAUGUGAACUAUGUGCUCAUGUACCACAUGCUCACAGGCAUCCGCAUCGCCGUGUCGCGCUGCGAGGCACGGCCCCCGGCGCCGCUCACCAGUGCCGACUUUGGCGCAAAGUACAAGUUUACGUUUGACAUCAUCGGCAAUGAACUUGCGUCCAAGUCCACGUACGACUUCAAGUUCAAGGACUACGCCCCGAGCGUCUUCCGCGAUUUGCGGCGGCACUUUGGGCUGGAUGCCGGCGACUAUCUGCUCUCGCUCGCGGCCAAGUACAUCUUGACCGAGCUGGGCUCGCCUGGGAAGAGCGGCUCGUUCUUCUACUUCUCCCACGACUACCGCUUCAUCAUCAAGACCAUCCGCCAUGGCGAGCACAAACUGUUCCUGAAAAUCCUGCAGCCGUACUACGAGCACGUCCAAGCGAAUCCACAGACGCUCCUCAGCCAGUUUUACGGCCUGCAUCGCGUCAAGCUGCCCGGACGGAAGAAGAUCCACUUUGUGAUUAUGAACAACCUGUUCCCGCCUCACCGCGAUGUCCACGAACUGUACGAUCUAAAGGGCUCGUACGUCUCGCGCGAGCAGACAUCGUCCAACCCCCAUGCCGUGCUCAAAGAUACCAAUUGGACCAAGCGAGGACGCGUCAUCGAGCUCGGCCCUGAAAAACACGCCCUCUUUGAAAAGCAGCUGCGCGCCGACGUGGCGCUCUUGCAGCGCCUGCGGCUGAUGGACUACUCGCUGCUGAUCGGCCUGCACGACGUCGCGGCAGGCGCCGGUCUCCAACGGACCUCGACACUGCGCGGCGGCGGCGUUCAGCCCAUGCUCCGCAAGCCUUCGAUCGUGGUAUCGCCCGUAGACGAUCCACGCGAUACCUCUGUCCAGUCGCCCGUCUUACGAGGUGGCGAGCGCGAUGCGCACAUGCUCUUUGCACGAGACGCGGCCAACCUCACGGACACGCCCGAGACACAAAACAAGCGCCAUGCGGAGAGGCAGCGGCAAGUGGUGUUUUACCAGGACGAAGGUGGCUUCCGUGCGACCGAUGCGCAGAACCACCCGCUGCCAGUCAUCUACUACCUGGGCAUCAUCGAUAUCUUCACACAGUACGACGCGGUGAAGCGCGCAGAGCAUGCGUGGAAGAGCAUUUGGUACGACCGCCGCGGUAUUAGUCCCGUGCCGCCCCGCCAGUACGGCGAGCGAUUCAUUCGCUUCCUUGUACGCCAAAAGCACCCCUAA